CUUCCCUUCCACCACUAACUUACUCGUCUUAGUGACUAUUUUAGUCCAAAGUCACUAAAAGUACCUGGUGCCUUGACUACUUCUCCUACUACUGCACCUACCGCCUUGGUAGGCAGACGAAUAGGUUAAUCAACGGUCCUCCAGUCUCCUUUCCUGAUUACCUCGCCUUGACCCCUCUCGUCCGUCUUCUCUCUUCCUACUCUCGUCCUCUGUUUCUCGCAAUAUGGUUCACAUAUAGCCCCUCCAAGACCUACCCUCCUUUUUCGAUUUUUCCUCUUUUCCUUCUUUUGGAUUCUUCCUCAAUAGGAUUGACCCUCCUUCUAAUGCUCGAAACUAUCCUCUCCGUCUUUCAUCUUUCUCGGUCUUUCCCGACUCAAGACAUUCCUUACACCGGCCCGUGUUGUGACAACAUCCACCUUCAUAGUCCUAUGAUUUCGUCACCUGCAGAAGAGAGGAACAGAUUUUAACCUGCAUUACAGCGAUAACGGCCUUUCGAUAUUGGUCCUCGUUGGCGUUUUCACCAAUUCUUCUGGAAACAGUCCCGUACUGUGCAGAAAAGCUACCGUCCUUUAGCCAUUCAUCAUGAGAUGGGGCGCUCGCAUAGCACUAUGUGCUAGUCUAGCACUCAUCUUGCCCUUAUAUCUCUUGAAGAUCCACCUCGAGGACCUUUGCGAUCAGUAUCGCGCGGGCGCAUAUCUGAUCAAUUGGCUGGAUUUGCGCCCGCCGAUGAACACAUUAAAUGGCUCUCGUCCUGUCACGCCAGGGGAUAAAGUGAUUGUGAUGGCCAGGCUACAGGAAGAGCACACUGAAUGGGUCGAGCAGGAGCUACCAGACUGGCAACGUGCCAUAUACAUCGUGAAUCCCUCUAAAAAGGUCGCAGCUGACGGCACAACACUCACAACUCCGCUGAACAAGGGUCACGAGUCCAUGGCUUAUCUCACCUACCUAAUUGAUCACUACGACACCCUACCAUCCACUAUUGCUUUCCUUCAUUCCCAUCGCUCGGGUUUCCUGAUGGCCUGGCAUGUAGAUGCGCCCUUACACGACAAUGUCAUUGCGAUGAAAUCCCUGCGUCUCAACUUCGUCCAAGACAAUGGCUAUGUCAACCUCCGCUGCAACUGGAACCCGGGGUGCAAGCAGGGCCAUCGUACCAACCAGCAUGUGACGGAAGAAGUCUUUGCAGAGAUAUUUGAGGGCACCAGCACCCCGCCUUUGAACUCCACCGGGGGCCUUACGAUGCAAGAUGAAUACGACGAAGCUAAAUACCAGAAGUUCCUGCAAAUGCCGAAACAGAUUGGCGCGGCGUGCUGUGCGCAAUUCGCCGUGUCCCGGGAGCAGGUCCACCGACGACCACGAGAGGACUACAUCAAGAUCCGCCAGUGGAUAAUCGAUACCGACAAGGAUGACGCCAGUAGUGGCCGUGUCAUGGAAUUUCUCUGGCAUGUCAUAUUCGGCAAAGAAUCAAUAUACUGUCCCGACGAAGAAGUCUGCUACUGUCAAGUUUAUGGACAAUGUUGAUCAUUGUACGCAUACCGUUAACGUUUCUGUUUUGAUAAAAAAUACCCACGGCUUCUACUUGUAUAUAUUACGAUAGCUUCCUUUCGGCGCUCUCUUGCUUUGGUCUCUCUUUCUUUCUUCUUUCGACAUAUUCUCCCAUUUUGGUGACUUCUUCGCCCGUUUAGACUCAUUUUUUGUGGAUAAUUGCCAGCGACAAUACGUUUCUAAAGGGAUAUUACAAACAGCGUGGCGUUAUUUACAGGGACUGCUCGGUUCAAGUUGACUCAGUUGACAUACUCGUCCCCUUCUGUCGGCGGCAAAGCCUGACUACUAUCGUUUACGGCGAAUCGGGGUGGUUAUUUACGAUCGUUCCAAUAUUAAUUUGAAUUCGGGAUACGCGCACCUGCUGAACCGGUGAAAUUUCUGGAGAUAAAGGCCUCGGUGGUCUUAAGCGACUGGUUUGAAAGAUAGCACU